GCUAGAGUGAAAAUGAAUGAGAUUCAGCAAAUAAUUAAGUUGCUUAACAAGGAGAAGAAAACACUCUUGUCAAUGUAAGGUCUGCAAAACCUUAUCAGAAUCUAGUUUUUGAUUGGAAAGCAUUUUUUCCUUUUUAACUAUAAGUUUGAAUCGUGAAACCAAACAUUGGGACAUCAUUGUGAAAUUUUUCUGUCCUGAACUGCUGAUAAAAAGUGGCCUGCUUACAAAGAGCAAGAGCUAUAAAUUAAAUUGUCACUUUGUCUCUUUCCAAGUCCUGAUCAGGGAAGAAACUUAAUACUGCAUUUUAUGUCAUUUCUCCACCCCCCAGCCCCCCCUUUGGGAUCAGUUAAAGAUUUGGAAAUGGGUCUUGACAGCAGCAUUAGCUGCUAAAUAACUCAAUGAUAAAUAUCAGAGACUUGAAGAAGGCAUUCAGGGAUGGGACUUCUCCAUAAGUGAAAAGAAACAAACAGCAGCAGAACGAAAAACAGAUUUCUUUCAGAGAGUUGUACAAAUCCAUCCUGAUGGAAGGAGAGACAACAGGGAGCUCGAUGCCAGCCAACAAGAGAGCAGCCAGCAAACUUCUCCAGCUGUCCCUCGGUGUGUUUGUGAGCAGCACAGUCGCGCUUGGCAUUGCCCUUUUCCUGGUUAGUCAAGGACAUAUCAAAUUUCAUGCAAAGCAACAAUAUUGCUUGACUUCUGAAUGCAUUGAAGCUGCUGCCUCCAUCAAAAGCAAGCUAAAUAUGUCUGUGGACCCCUGUGAUAACUUUUUCCGAUUUGCCUGUGAAGGAUGGUUACGAGAUAAUCCAAUACCAGAAGAUUAUUCAAAUUAUGGAAUCUAUCCUUGGCUGAGACAUAAUGUAGAUCUAAAGUUGAAAGUUCUCCUUGAAAAACCUCUCAGCAAAAGACGAGACAGUGAAGCUGUACAGAAGGCCAAGAUACUUUAUUCUUCAUGUAUGAAUGAGAAUAAGAUAGAGAAAGCGGAUGCAAAGCCGCUUCUAAACAUGCUGAAACAUUCUCCAUUCCGUUGGCCUGUGCUGGAAUCAAACAUUGGGCCUGAAGGUCUGUGGUCAGAAAGGAAGUUUAGCAUGCUCCAGACCCUUGCUACUCUCCGUGGUCAAUACAGCAAUUCUGUUUUCAUCCGAUUAUAUGUGGCUUCAGAUGAUAAGGCUUCUAAUGAGCACAUCAUAAAGUUAGACCAAGCAUCUCUGACUCUAUCAGCACGGGAAGACUAUCUGGACAAUACCACAGAAGCUAAAUCUUACAGAGACGCCUUGUUCCAGUUCAUGGUUGAUACCGCAGUCCUUCUGGGUGCCAACGCUUCACAUGCAGAGUUGGACAUGAAGUCAGUGCUUAAAUUAGAAAUCAAAAUUGCUGAGAUAAUGAUUCCACAUGAGAAUCGAACCAGUGAAUCUAUGUACAACAAAAUGAACAUAUCAGAACUCAGCACCAUGAUCCCGCAGUUUGACUGGCUGACAUAUAUUAGGAAGGUGAUUGACACUAAACUCCAUCCUGACCUGAAGGACAUUGAUGCUUCAGAGAACGUGGUCAUCCGAGUCCCCCAAUAUUUUAAAGAUUUAUUCAGGAUACUAGAAAGAGAAAAGAAAAAGACUAUUGCCAACUACCUGGUAUGGAGAAUGGUUUAUUCAAGAAUAUUCAAUCUCAGCCGACGUUUUCAGUAUAGGUGGCUGGAAUUUUCAAGG